AUGAAGCCGGAAGAGCUGCUCCCCAUUGAGGAUGAGUCAAAGAAGAGAAGUUUACGAUCCAGCAACAUGGAACUAAAAAGCCAUGAACAAAUUGCUGAUGCUCCCAUUAAGAUUCAAGUCUCUUCAGAUGCAGUUAAUUUUAAUCCUGCAAUUGCCGCUUUAAGAAAAGCAAAACGAAUAGUCAUCGUCACUGGUGCUGGCAUUUCAUGUGGAGCAGGUAUUCCCGAUUUUCGGUCCUCUGACGGACUCUUUUCUUCUCUCCGGUCAGAAUAUAAAUUAAAUUGUUCUGGAAAAGAAUUGUUUGAUGGAGCAGUAUAUCGAGAUCUGAGAAGUGUAAAUAUAUUUCAUGAGAUGAUCAAAAAGCUUCAUGAACUUUCAGAUAAUGCUGUUCCUACUGACUUUCAUAACUUUUUGUCAAAAUUAGCCAAAGAUUCCAAACUUCUUCGUUUAUAUACUCAAAAUAUAGAUUUUCUUGAAACGCGGCUUGAAGGUUUGCAAACGUGCACCCCUUUACCUCACACAGCACCUUGGCCUACGUCUAUACCGCUCCAUGGGACAUUAGAUGUCGCCGGGUGCACGAGAUGUCCCUUUGUUCGGCCCUUCCAUCCUGGUCUUUUUGAAAAAGAUGGUCUGACAGCUUGCCCUGAAUGCAGAACUCAAAAUGAAGUCCGCCGCAUUGCCGGAAAACGACUGGUCAUGGAAGGAUGUUUACGUCCACGAAUUGUACUUUACAACGAAGGGCAUCCGGACUCAGAGGCAAUUGGAGCUGUCUGUUCGCAAGAUUUGAAAUCGAGGCCUGAUUGUUUAAUCAUUGCAGGCACCUCCUGCAAAAUUCCCGGUGUCAAAAGAAUUAUAAAGGAAAUGAGCAACUGUGUCCACCGUCAAAAAGGCUCCGUAAUUUGGCUGAAUCAUGAUGCUCCUACAAAAGAGUUUGCCAACUUGUGUGAUAUCAUCAUUGAAGGAGACUGCCAGGACGCUAUUCGUACAAUGAAACCCUCUUUAGAAGCUCCCAGGUGGAGACCAAAGGUUCAUUCAACCACAUCUUCAACUGCCAAGAAACGGACUUCAGGACAAGCAAAACUCACUGCUUCCACCAAGAUUACAAAGACCCAAUCUCCUUCAAAAAAAAUGAAAAAGGAAAGGUCUCCGCUGGAAUCAAUAAACAGAGCGAUGGAGCCUGUCCAGAUGUCGGAAACAGACGUGAAACGUGAGGUGGAGUACUCCGGCUUUUCGAAGCAUUCUUAG